CCCCCCGGCCCCCCCCGGCCCCAGCUUGGGGGGCCCCCCGGCCCCCCCCCCCACCAUCGUCCCCGCUGUCCCCAGGUGCGCCUCCCCGACAGCCCCGAGCAGCAGCCCGUCGCCUGCGCCAUCGUCAUCACUGCCGCCGGUGCCUGGACCGGGGAGCUGCUGGAAACAGCCACCGCCGGGCUGCCGGGGGGGUCCCCAGCCCCCCUUCCCAUCGAGCCCCGGAAGAGGUACGUCUACGUGUGGCACUGCCCCGACGGGCCGGGCCUGGAGUGCCCCUUCCUCAUCGACACCUCGGGGGCCUAUUUUCGGCGUGAGGGCAUCGCCGGCAACUUCCUAGGGGGCAUGAGCCCCCCCGAGGGGGACGAGCCGGACACAGGGGACCUGGAGGUGGACCAUGGCUUCUUCCAGGAGCAGGUCUGGCCGCGGCUGGCACACCGCGUGCCCCCCUUCCAGACGCUGAAGGUGAGGAGCGCCUGGGCCGGCUACUACGACUACAACACCUUCGACCAGAACGGGGUGCUGGGCCGGCACCCCCAGCUGCAGAACGUGUUCGUGGUGGGGGGGUUCAGCGGGCACGGGCUGCAGCAGGCCCCCGCCGCCGGCCGCGCUGCCGCCGAGCUGCUCCUGCACGGCCGCUGCAGCACCGUGGAUGUGGAGAGGUUGGCGCCCGGCCGCCUGCUGGCUGGGGAGCCCCUGCGGGAGGCGGCCAUCGUCUGAGCCGGGAGCUCCCCGCCCAGUCCCCGAAAAAAAAAGGGGUGUCGGGAGCCCCCCCCCGCCUCAAAAAGGGGUGCUGCGGGG